AUGCACAUACUUUACUCGUCCAACACAUUCGAGUUCAGCAACACCUGGUCUCUGACGUACCUGCGACCAACCAUCCCCGCCGAUCAGUGGAAUGCGAUUCGCACCGUCGAUCUCAAAUGGGCGUUCCCCGGCCAUUGGCUACCCAGUAAAGACCCCGUCAAGUCGGUAUAUGUCUGGGCUGGCCGUCAGCAAUGGGUCGAGACCUGCAAGGCGAUUCUCCUGAUGAAAAAUCUCGAAGACUUUACGCUGCAUCUCACGGGGAACUGGUUCGGCGAGCCGAUUGAGAAAGUGCCUGUGUUUUUGGAGCCGUUGAAAGGGUUGUGUUUGAAGAAUCAUCCGCAGAGGCGGUGGAAGAUUCUUUUACCGCCGCAGCCGUAUUAUAAGAAGGAGACUACCAAGCUGAAUGAUAUGAUGCAGAAGGAGAGUAUAUACUGUGAGAUUCACGAUGCAGUACAGUGCUCCGGGGGUUGUGUUAAGCCGGCUCUAGGGUUGAGAUCUGUCACUUAUAGCUGA